GCCCACCUCGCCUCAUUUGUCCCCCCCCCAGCCAGCCCAGUGCCAGCCACGAUUGCGCGCAGCCGUUGCGCUGAACCAGUUGACAUUGACACCAUCCGCAAAACCUGCGUACAAGUAGACGCCGGUCGGCGGCUACCUUCCAACCCUUGCUCCCCCGCGAUAGCCCGCUCCGUGCCAAACACCGACCCCCCGCCCAGCGCAGUGCCGGCUAUGGCGUGAGCCGAGUUGGCUGGCACAUCGUUCGCUCUGACCCCCGUCAUGGUCAUGUCCAGGCGUGGCAAUAAUUUGGCAUUUCCACGUCGAGGCCGCUCGCCGAUCCGAUAUUUUUGUCCAACUGCAACUUCGCUGCUUGGCGUGCAUAUUACCGCCCGACCCGGCCACGCGACUCGAGCCCGACUGCCAUGGCGACACGGAAGAAAGCUUGUGACACCUGUCACAGGAGAAAGAUCCAAUGCGACGGGGCAUCCCCACAGUGCAGCGGAUGCAAAGGUCACUCGCUGCCUUGCACGUACAACCGCGAGACAGGCGUCAAGAAGAGGGCGGCCAAGCCUGGCGGCGCAACGAAACGAACAACCUCGCAAAACGACCUUGCGAAGCGCAUGGAGCGCAUCGAACAGAUAUUACAGGCAGCAAAACGAGCCCGCUGUGACAUACUACCCACUGCCGAAGAAGAUGAUGAAAUGGCACAAGACGAGCCCGCCUUCGGAGCUGCAGACCCGAUGCAGGUAGCCACGCCGGGCGCGGCCUCGGUGCCGACCGGAGCCUCCAGCUCGAGCCCCCAGCAGACGCCGGGCCCCGAAACCACACACUGCCGCGGACUCGACAGCAAGCUAGCCUCAAUUGGCUGGAUGAGGAGUCGGAACGGGAGUGUCCCGACCGUCCACCCCAUGUCCAUCAACUCGUCGAGGGUGCGAUUCGGCAAGCUCCACUUUGUCGGCCUCGAGCUGGGCGAAAUUAGCUCGUACAACGGCGUCCCGUUCUUCUCCGACGAUGGCCUCAACUGGAUCCGGUCUCGCUGCGGGGUUGAGCCCUCGUUCGAAAGCGCACUGGCUCUCGGGUCCCGUCGCAAGCCCACUACCGACCAGAAGCCCGUCGUGGACCCGAGCACCCCUGAGCAGGGGAAGGCUGGGAAACAAAAACUCUGGCAGACCCUGCCGGACGGUUGGUGGCAAGAGCAGCCUGGCGUCGGCGACAUGCCCUCGACUCUGCAGCGUCUCCCGCAGGUCGAGCUCCCUGAUCGGCGAGUGGUGGAAGGGUUUAUGACGGCGUUCCGAAUGUCACAGUUCGGCAUCUACAUGCCCAUCAUCGACCCGGUUCUCUUUUCAGAAACCCUCGACCUUGCCUAUACCCAGUGCCCGGGAGUAAGAGGGAAGCGCGACCCGAGCAGCAGCUCCGACGGGGCUACGGGCGACGAUGACGCCGGCGAAGCCUGCUACAUACAUCCUCAAUACUACACCAGACAGGACGUGUCGGUGAUGGCGGCUAGAGCUGCCGUUUACUCCUUCAUCUCCCUUAUUGGCCCCAUGGCGGUCGUUGACGAGGAAGAGUUUGCCGGGAUAGACGGCGAUGCGUAUUCUGCCCAGGCUCACAACAUGCUCCCACAAAUCCUUCCAGGGGGCUCCCUGAUGGCCUUGGAGACGGUACUAUUCCUGGUCCUGUAUAGUCUUUUCACAGGCCAAAUACAGGCCACCAGCACAUUUCAUUCAACCGCAUGUCGAAUUCUGUUCCUCAUUGGCGGACACACCGAAGAAGGACUGGCUGCGGCCACUGUCGAUGAACUCACAUACCCGAUGGAGGGGAUGACGCUAAAUUUUUUUGGAGAAGGGAACCGGUUACACGGCUCGGGCGGGUUUGAGAAGAGCAGAGUGAACGAGGAACGAGCCGAACGGCUGAGGCGACAUAUCCGGCAGCUGUACCGCAUAUCGUUCUUACUCGACAAAGAGCUGGCCAUCCGGACGGGUCUUCCACCCAUCAUGCAUGACGACUACUGCGACCUGGAGAUGCUGGAGCGGGCCUGGUCUAUCGACCUCACUGGGCUGCCCAUCCACCAGCGGGAAAUGCGGAACGGGGUGCCCACUGGCCCUACACUGCUGGAGGAGGUUACGCAGAAGGAGGUCCUGGAGCCAUAUGCGAUGCGGCUGGUCAUUCUCAAGUCUAGAACCUGCCAGCUCCUCUACUCGCGCGCCUCAGGCCGCAAGACUGACGCAGAGCUACUCCGAGACAUCCGCGAGCUCGAUGCCGAGCUCGACCGCUGGCGUUCUUCGGUACCACAGCACUUUCGGCCGGUGCUGGCGUCGUCGCGGAGUGCAAGCCUAAGACCGCUGGCGGCAAGGGCUGCCGCUGCCGCCUCUGGGGGCCUGGUUGGCGAUCAUGGUGUGUCGCCUGCUAGCAGCAGCGAGGCUGGCUUCUUCGGCGCGGCCAUGGCCAAUACGCCAUCGCCUCCUGGUGUCUCUGGAGCACAGCAGCUGCAGCCUGGCUGGGGAAACGCGGGCGGCAUCGUGCAAGAUCUGGACGACCAGGUGACGAUGAAGGAGAUUAUGCAGCACUUUGAGUACUACUACCUCCUGGCCACCAUUCAUCGAGCCAGCGGCCGAUGCCAGGUGUGGUCGUCUGGGCCCACGGACGGGGGUCGGGAACUGGCAGUCGUCAGUUCCAGCCAUGCCCUGUCUCUGCAGGCGAGCCGGUCGACCCUGAUUUACCUUCGCGCAGCAUCCCGGUGCGCACAGGGCAUGAAUUUCUGGAUGCUGUUCUUCUACCCCAUGUCGGCAAUGCUGACCAUAUUCUGCAACGUCCUCCUGAUGCCGCUUGACCCCGAAGUCAAGGAUGACGUGGCUCUGCUGGGGUCGGUGCUGGAGCUGGUUGAUGAGAUGGGCCAGAGCCGGAGACUUACCCCCAACGAAGUGAUACACCUCUGCAUCAUGAACGAGUUUGUUUCGGAACUCGUGCGCCUAGCAAGGUGCGCGCUGAGCAAGGCUGCUCGUGAGGCCGCCGAGGGAGCUUCCAGCUGAGGUGGUUCGUCGGUCGGGGCCCGACACCAGCAGCUGAUGCAUGAUACAGGGCCCGAAGCGAAGCGGUCCCACGAUGAGUUCAGCUGCUUAGACAUGGACCAGCAGGUGCCGCAAGGAAGCGGCAAUUCGCGGGACAGCAACUCUUGGGCGCCCCGCUCACGCGUCAUGCCAGAAAGCGGCAGACAAGCGAUCGUAACGGCUCGGUUCGAGCCGCGCUAGCCUGCAACGCUCGGGUAUUACGGGAAAGGGACACACUAGUCUCGCCCUCCGAGUACGGCAGCUUCACCUACCGGACCUGGAAGAAGGAUAGAUAAAUCUAGAGGCAGCCGACCGGGUUUCAAGGCCUCAUUCUGUAUAUUCAAGCUAACUGUGUUUGAUGCACCAUUUUGUCCAUGUGCCAUGGCAUGAGCAAGGGCCACUAGAGUGAACCCCCAAUCAACGCACCAGUUUUUUUUUUUGGCUUUUUUUUUUUUGGCGAGGACGAGUCGAUGCUUUCAUGCCAAGAACAAGCAAAGUGUCAAGACAGACGAGAUGGGGCUCUUGGUUGCUGGAGAUAGACAAGCCAGGACCAGCAACAGCGCGACCGAGACAGACGUGCCUGGCAUGCAGUCGACGACAGGGCCUGAAUAAUUUCAACGGCGGUCUUCUUUUUG